UGGCAGCAGCUCCGACGCCGCGUAUUGACGUCACUCUCUGGAGGCGGAACCGGCGGACGAGCCUGGGCCUGGGAAGAGAAGGGCCGGCAAGGAGCGAUAUAGUAUGGAUCGGCACAAGCAAGUUCCUAGCGGUGGGGUAACUGGUCACGAAUUGAAGUCCGGACGCAAGGAACCUUGCCUGCUCAUCCUAAGCCAAUUGCGUGAUGGCCAAUAUGCACUAGUCAUUCACAAUCAAGGAAGAAAUUCAGUCAGCGAAGAUAUUUUACCCAUUACCAGCAACUUUAAGUUUGUGCAAGAAGCAGAAGAGACACUUCUCAUUGACAUUCCAACAAACAGUGGAUGCAAGCUCAGAGUGCAGGCAGACCCCUGGUCUAUAGAACGCCGUUUUGAGAUCCAAGAUGAGGAGAAAUGCAUGGACCUGCUUGCAGAAAUGAAACUUGUGCAGGAAGGGCGUGUAAGGCACUCUCGGUCUGAAAAGAAAGAGUCAUCAAAUUGGUACCAGCCUGCAAACAAAACAGAUGAUGCUGGCACUUCAUCAAAGGAACCAACCGAGGGUACUUUGGGGUUCGAAGACAAUUUUAGUUCAGUGAAUCUCGAGAAGAGAAGAAACAUUCAAAAUCAGCAGAUGGGAUCGCGCAGAGAGCCCCCUCCCCCCCCACCUGCUCCAGUGGAAAGGCCGCUCCCACCGGAUAGAGAAAGAGAUUCAUCUGGAUGGGAAAAACCAAAAGUGACCAACAGCAUGAGGAAACUGUUUACACCAAACACCCAGUCUGGUCAAAGGGAAGGAUUAAUAAAGCACAUUUUGGCAAAGAAAGAAAAUGAUUAUGUAAAUAUAAAGAACUUUAGGUUUUUUGUAGGAACAUGGAAUGUAAAUGGUCAGUCUCCAGAUGGAGGGUUGGAACCUUGGUUACAAGCAGAUGCAGAGCCUCCUGAUGUCUAUGUUAUUGGAUUUCAGGAGCUGGACCUCAGCACAGAAGCGUUCUUUUAUUUCGACUCAGGGAAGGAGCAGGAGUGGCUGGAAGCUGUAGAAAGAUGUCUGCACACUAAAGCCAAGUAUAAGAACGUGCGCCUAAUCCGCCUUGUUGGAAUGAUGAUGCUUGUGUUUGCAAAGCACGAGCACUUCAAGCACAUCCGAGAGGUUGUAGCGGAAUCCGUGGGAACAGGCAUCAUGGGGAAAAUGGGUAACAAGGGAGGUGUUGCCGUUAGAUUUGUUUUCCACAACACCUCCUUCUGUUUUGUUAACUCUCAUCUGGCUGCCCACGUGGAGGACUUUGAGAGGAGAAACCAAGACUACAAAGAUAUCUGUGCCCGUCUAAACUUUACUGUUCCAGACCAGAACAUACCUAUUUCAAAUAUAAUGAAACAUGACGUUGUUAUUUGGCUGGGAGACUUAAACUACCGUCUGUGCAAAUUUGAUGCUGCAGAGGUCAAAAGCUUGAUUGCGAAAAAUGACAUUCAGACUCUGUUGAAAUAUGACCAGUUGAAUAUCCAAAGAGAGAUGAAAAACGUCUUUUCUGAUUUUACGGAAGGCACUAUCAAUUUUAUUCCCACAUACAAGUUUGAUGCAAAAACAGAUCGAUGGGAUUCCAGUGGAAAGUGUCGUGUUCCUGCCUGGUGUGAUCGGGUACUGUGGAGAGGGACAAAUAUCACGCAGCUUAAAUACCGCAGCCACAUGGAACUCAAAACCAGUGACCACAAACCAGUCAGCUCCUUAUUCAGCAUUGGGGUUAAAGUUGUCGAUGAGCGCCGGUAUCGAAAGGCAUUUGAAGACAUUGUGCGCAUGAUGGACAGAAUGGAGAAUGAAUUUCUUCCAUCUUUAAAUCUCAGCAGAAGAGAAUUUGUGUUUGAGCGUGUGCGGUUCCGACAACUUCAGAAAGAGAAAUUCCAGAUCAAGAAUGAUGGGCAAGUUACAUGCCAUUUCUCCUUUAUUCCUAAACUCAAUGAUACACAGUACUGCAAACCAUGGCUGAGAGCCGAACCCUGUGAAGGGUAUUUGGAGCCAGAGGAAACUGUGGACAUAAGCCUGGAAGUAUAUGUCAGCAAAGACUCUGUUACCAUGCUUAACUCUGAGGAGGACAAGAUUGAAGAUAUCUUAGUCCUUCACCUUGAUCGGGGCAAGGAUUACUUCUUGACCAUCAGUGGGAGCUACCUAGUAAGCUGUUUCGGUACAUCUUUGGAGGCGCUCUGCAGAAUGAAAAGGCCCAUACGAGAAAUUCCAGUGACCAAACUCAUAGACCUGGGAGAAGACAGCUUCUCAGAGAAGGAGAAAGCGGCUCUGCAGAUGCUUCCACUGGAAAGUGAUGAGACAGCUGACAAGCCCAUGAAAAUCCCAAAGGAGAUCUGGCUCUUGGUCGAUCACCUAUAUAAAAAUGCUUGCCGGCAGGAGGAUCUCUUUCAGACCCCAGGAAAACAAGAGGAAUUGCAGCAGAUAAUUGACUGUUUAGAUACCAGCAUUCCUGAAACAAUUCCUGGUAGUAACCAUUCGGUUGCAGAAGCAUUACUGAUCUUUUUGGAAGCACUGCCAGAACCAGUUAUUUGUUAUGAACUGUACCAGAGAUGCAUUGACUGCUCCCAUGAUACCCGACUUUGCCGACAGGUGAUUUCUCAAUUGCCGCGGUGCCAUCGAAACGUUUUUCGAUAUUUAAUGGCAUUUCUCAGAGAGCUGCUUAAGUACACUGGAGACAACAACCUGAGUGCCAACAUGAUCGCCACAGUCUUUACUAGCCUCCUGCUACGACCUCCGCCAAACUUAAUUGGGAAACAGACACCGAGUGAACGGCAGCGGGCAAUCAAUUUCAUUCUGGGAUUCCUUUUGUCAGUUGAUGAGGAGUAAGCCAUAUCAGGACUGUAAGGAGUGCUGUAGAGGAUAAAAACAAGUAGGCACUCGUGCCAGGCUGCUACAGAGCCAAGGGACUAUGAGUGGGAACAUUGCAUGGGGUUCUGAUAUCCUUAUGGCAGGGAGAGAGAAGCCUAUGCCAGUUGUAGUACUGUACCUAUGCUUUUCCCACAUAGUGUAUACAAUUAUCUCCAAAGAAAGGACAACACUUCCUAGUUGGUUUAUCUGUACAAGGUGUGGAUUUGUUUUCAUUGUCAUUGUGGAACACCGGUCACCUUGUAUAUUAGCUAUGGACCCACCCCUCUUGGUCAGGCUUCUGUCAGUCCUAUCUUGAACAGUGGUGCCAUUGUCACUGCUCUUUGUGGCUUUUUUCCUGUUAAAGUGAUCUUUUUUGUUUCAUUUCAGUGUAUUAUAGUAUGUUGGAAGAUAUGAACUUCUUCCCAUUCUGCCUCAUAGGAUCACAUGAUUUUAGGUUUGCACUUGGCAGGGAUAAGCAGCCAUGUUCAUUCUCCAAGUUCUAAGUUAACUGUUCAUGGUCUGUGAUUUUUUUUUUUUUUUUUUUUACUGUAUUUAAAUAUUUUCACCUGAAAUUUGUUGGUAUACUUGUUGACUUGCCCUUGCCUCUUGGAUAGUCUUUCUUAUACUUGCAGAUAAGAGGGCUGUGAUGAAAAUUGAAAGCACCUUAGAACCAAGCCAAAGGUUAAUGACAUUUCUCAGCCAGUGUUCAGCGGAUCCUGGCAUUGCAAUUAUUACAUAAAAAAUCCAGGAGUAUUACUGACAGGGUUCCUGGCAUAUGGAAUUCUAUAUAUCAGUGAUGCCAUCUGCUCAGCAAAGUCUUAUAAUGGUGGGAAGUCCUGAUUUUAGUAGAAUUGCAUUAGACAAGCUGCACUUUACCCAUGAUCUGCUCUAUAUGAGCUUCCCCCUUUACACAUGCAUAUCCAUGUAACCUAGAAAGCACACACAGCUUCACUGUGACUUGGGUUCCUCGCUGCCUUGGUUUCUGUUUUUAUGAACUCCCUGUUCUUUCAAGUAAAUAUUCCCAAAGGUACGGGCAGGGGGUGCAUUUUAAGGUUUAUUUCCCCAGGAGGAGUGUUAGUUUCCUGCAGGCAGUGGGCUGUUAGUUCAAUGGCUCUGUGCUAUUGUAUAUUAGAGGAAAUUAUAACAAUCAGAGGUGUACACAUGGGCUGUAUGCAUGAAUGAAUAGCAAGUGCUUCCAAGUGCAAACUGGUGCUCCGCUCAUAAGAUGCUAAACUACAAUUAUCACGAUUCUACAAUGUAAUUUGGCAGUUGUACUUGUGCAGUGCCUGGAUCUGAGGUGGGUGUCUUUACCUGCAUUGGCAGCAGAUUCCCCCAUGUAGCCCAGGGGUAUUUUCCAUAAGAUGAAGUGUCUUGCUAGCAAGCUGUGCACAAUGUGCUCUUUUAUUUGAUAGUAGGUUGUUUUAGGCUUCAGGGCUAUGACAUCUGGGACAUUUUUACCAGCACUAAAAUUAGACAGAAAAUAGCACACAUAACAGUGCACAAACGCUCAGGCCUUUCUCAGUGGGGGUCCCCCUAUCAGCGCUAUUAACCAAUGACCAUUUUGUCUGCCACUGUUUUACCCCUGAUCACAUUGAUGGUGCAUACUGCUCCCUGCAUACUGCUAGGCUCAAGUUUACUAUUUUAAUAUUUUUAUUCUGCAGAAAGGUCAGACACUACAUAAAAUAAAUACCUUUCUGUGUACAUGUACGCUCUCCACUCACCAUGGUAUCUGUGGGUUAUUCAUACAGCCAGGCAGGGCUGUCAUUCACUAACACUAAGUCGGAUAUCUGCAACCUUCGGCUCCUCCUUGACUUUUGUUCCAUUUUGCUUUUUCUACAGAAUGUUUCCAUUUAUAUUAUUAUUAUAUAUUACUAUAAUUCAAAGUGUCGAUGUCCAAAGUAUUUUAAUUGUGAAAAAUGACCCCUGUUCUCUCUUAUUUAUGCUUUUUUUCAUGCAUGCUACUUUCUCUCCCAUUGGUUAAUUGGGCAGCUAAGUGUGUUAUGGGAAACUGUCAUACCUAUAAAAUGCAGCCAUGAAUGAUGAGGGAACUAAUAAUGUAAUAUUAACGUAAAUUACAUAUUUCAAAAUCCAUAAGCCAUAAUAAAAGAUUCCGCCAUGCAUAGAUGAAGCCACCUUCUCUUAAAUGGGAACAUUUUAAUAUUCAGACUGAGAGUCAGUGUAUCUUUAAUUCUAGUACUUUAAUGGGCUACACCUAGUUUGGGUCAUACUGGACAGUUAUGCAGCAGAUCAACUAAAAGCCACCAGACCUGAUUUGUCCUAGUCAUCCUGUAAGAGUUUAACUGGUUAUUUUAAACACAUUACCAGAGAACUGACCAUGGGUGAGUAAAAGGCUACCUGUUUGAUCAUUUGCUUGUUGAAUAUGGAGCUACCAGGCUAAUAUACCUGCUGCUACUAGUUCCAACCUGAAGCUAAUACAGUGACUGAAUGGCAUUUAUCACUUAAUAUGUUGGUCAUGAUGGUCAUGCAAAGCAUUGACAAUUUGCCUUUGGAAGAUGCCAGGGCUCUGUAUAGCAGGUGCUGCCAGAAGCCAUUAAGGAACUUGGUACCCUUAGCUAAUGUCAAAUAAAGUAGUUCACCCUCUGCCCCAAAUCAUGUCUCUUGCGUGGUACCAAUAACAAAUAUAAAGUUAAUAAAAUUGUGGAUGAAUGUAACUGAAACACAUAUACAUUUGCAUUUUUGCUUUAUUACUGUGUCAGCAUAUUUUAGUGUUUUUAAAUAACCAAUUCUUUUUUAAAUGUUCUUUUAUGAGUAUGGAUGUUAAGAAUGUAUAGGAACUACUAAGAGAGCAACAAUGAGAGUUGACUUGCCCAAAAACGGAGGGAAAGCAAAUUCAAUUCUAAGCAACUUUCCAAUAUACACUAAGUACAAAGUGUCACUGAUUUUUUAAAUGGAUGGUUCACCUUUACAUUAUACAAUGAUAAUCUUGGGCUAUUUGCCUUUUAUUUAUUGUAGCUUUCUAGUUAUUUAGCUCUCUGUUCGGCAGCUCUCCACUUUGGAAUUUCGUUUGGAUACUACAGUGUUAUUUUCCCUAACCACCAGGCAGUAAUUUGAACCAGAAAUGGGAAUAUGAAUAGAGGAGAGCCUAAAUAGAAAGAUAAAUAAAAAGCAACAAUAACAAUAAAACUGUAGCCUUACAGAGCAAUAGUUUUUGCUGGGGUCAGUGACCCCCAUCAAAAAGCUGGAAAAAUGCAGAAAAGGAACACAAAAAUAAGACAAAUUGCAAAGUUGGAACUAAACAUUGUAACAAUUGGACAAAUUGUAACCACAUAUUUACAGUUUACAUACAUCAUGCAGGGACUACAAAACCCACAAUGCAUUUCACUAUGAUGUCCUUUUCCUUAUUGACAUCACGUGUGCAGGGAAUUGUGGGAUUUGGAUGAUGCAGGUUGAGGGCAGUCAACUACUAUUUGUUUAGGGGUUUUUGUUUUUUUGAGUCAAAGUAGUCAGGCAGAUCAGCAGGAGAACAGGGUGCCAGGCUUAGGUAAUUGCAAAGUUGCUUGAAAUUAUGUUUACUUUAAAAAAAGCUUACGUUUCGGUGGAGUUCCCCUUUAGGAAAAUGUACUUUAGAGCUCAGUUAUAAUUGUAAUAAUUUGUUCCCCACAAUGUUUAAAGAACCAAGUAAUGACCUGAAACAUCUGUAUGUGCCUGGUACAUGGAUCUUAUCGCUCUCAAGAGGAACUUUUGGAUGUGUGUUUGCUGGCUGAAUAGAAAUAUCACCCUUUUUCAUAUUUAUUGUGAGCAGAUCCUCCAAGCAUUCUCCAAUUCAGAAAUUCAGCUUGUCGCUAUCAAGCAGUGAUACAAGGUUUCUGCUUUAUUGAGUAGAUAAUCCAUUUGUGUGUAUAUAUAUUCAUUUUUGACCAUUAUAGUUUGAAACCACUGAGCACAAACCCUCCAAUUCCGUAUAUAACUGUUAUGAACUUGCUCUUCAUCUUGCCAGUGAUUUAUUGCCACUGUCUUGUUUCCUCCAUGGUACUUGCAUUCAUACAGGGCUAGUCGCAAUUAGUUGGUCAAAUGGAUAUUCUUAUCUCAUAAUGUCUACCUUAAUGUAAUUCCCUGCCAUACUUUAUUAAAUCUGUUUGUUUACCCAGUCAGUGGUCUUCAUCCAACAAGAUUUACCAACCUGGCAGGUACGAGUUAGACAGGCUCUUAGGAGGGCCCCAUACAUGAGCACGUAAGCUACCUGCUUGCUCUGAAGGGGCCAAGUUGGCAGCUUUUAUUGGCCAGUGUAUGGUCUGGUUGAGCCUUCUUCCAUGCGAAUAGGUAGUUAAGUCAAAUACCAUUUCAAGGUAGCAGUGCAGUAAGUAGUAAUUAUUUAUGCCAUGUGACUUGCCAGACAAAUGUUUUGGUCCUGUGGGUCUAUAUCUGAAAUCCCCAGCCAUAAAGCAAUACACAAGUGUAGUUUUCUGCCAGACAGGAAAGACACUUAUACACACCCCCUAAAAAUAUUUUCCAGACUUGCACUAAUUGUAUUAAACCUUUUUUCUCUUUUUUAUAUAAAUAUAUAUAUAUAUAUAUAUAUGUAUAUAUAUAUAUAUAUGUAUAUAUAUAUAUAUAUAUAUAUAUAUAUGAAACACUUUUUAUUUUGAAGUCCAUAUGCGUUGAUUGUUUUUAUUCCACCUUUUUAUACACUCCAGUAGGAUUUCUGGGUUCAUCUUGUCAUAUUUACCCAUCCUAAAGGCUCUAGUGCAGGCGUCCUGUAUCUCGCUGUAAGUGAGCCUCCUUCAUACGAGCUAGGCAACUCCUCCUGUAUCUUUCUGUCACUGUUUUAUUUUUAUAUAUAGGAAAUAAUUUAUUUGGUAAAUAAGAUGUACUGAGCAACAAUUGUGCAAUCAAUAAAGUACUUUUAUGUCAUAAA